CCAUCUUUGUGUUUGUCCUUUUGCUUUUAGCAUUUCUUUCAAUGCAUGAUCUGUGAUACUGAGGGGCUGUUGCUCUGUUGCAACAACUGCCCGGCAACCUACCACUUAAACUGCCUUUCUUCACCUCUUGAGACAGCUCCCGAAGGGGAUUGGCAAUGCCCCAACUGCAGCAACAAGGAAUUAGGAGAUUCACCAAAUGAACCUGCAAAUCCAAACACAACAUCACCUGCUAUGGAUGUAUGGUUUCGAUUCAGUGCUCUUUCAACUCUAACCAUUCAAGUAGGCUUAAGUAAUUUCAAAGCUUUAAAUGGGAAGGUUCGAAGCAAUCAGUGGAAGCCUGUAAUGCCCUUAUGCAGGCAAGCAAGUGCUCAGCUUCUAGUGACACAGAACUCAGCUCCAAGUUGUACACUAGAUAGAACUUUUGGUGGUGCCUGGUCAGAGGAGGAGCUUGAUAGUCUUUGGAGGGGUGUCUAGCGACAUGGGUAGCAUGAGUGGGAAGUGAUGCUUGGAGAUCCCAUACUGAGAUUCUCAGAUCAUAGGGUCGCAGAGGACUUGGCAGAGAGGUGGAGAAAGGAGAGGCUCAACCUCACGAAUUGUCAAGAUAC